AUGUCAAAUGCUCGUGAUUUAACAUUACUAGAGAAAUGGUCUGACGCUGCAACAAUACCAACAAUACUUCCUCCUAUAUCACCAACUUCGCCAAAGGCUACAAAAUUUUGUUGUUGUCCCAAUCGCAGGCGUUAUAAUCUAAAACAGCCAAAAAAGUCUACACUGCAUGCUAGAAAUAUUUUUAUCGAUAACGAUUUUAAUUAUAUUGAUGAUGUUUCCCAUGAAAAUUACAAAAGCAACAACAACCAAACACCUAUAUCCUCAAGCGCUAUCUCAAACAACAAAAGACCAACAGUUAAAUACAAAAGAAUUGGUGACACCUUUGCAACCUACAACGAUUCAGAUCUAACAGCUACAGCUGCACCAACAAUCCAAGCUCCACUAACACCAACAACAACAGCAACAACUACAAAUACAACUCCAACGACAAUAGCAAAUUACGAAGAAAGUUACAGUGACUAUGAUGAUAUCAUUGAUAUCCCCAGUGAUACUGAAAACUAUGUUGUGAAUGUAAUGAACGGCAUUGGAAUUCAACCGCACCAACAAACAGAACAACAAUUGCAGUUGCAGCAUCAGCAAAGGCAGGAUAGCGACGCAAGUUCACAAUGGCGGCAUGACAAAAAUUGUCAUUAUCUGAAACAGAUUGACAAUUGCAACAGUUGUAGCUGCUUUAAUGACGAACAUGUUAAUGACGACUUUGUUGCUGCAACCACUGAUGCCGCAACCGAAGCGAGAUUAACAAAAAGUGAACGACUACCACAGCAAGAUCAGCAACAUUAUCAACAGCAACACAAUCAAAUUAACGGUGACAAGGGCAACAAAAACGACAAUCAAAGCGAAUAUCGUAACGAUCAUAGCAAUCAACAAAUCCAAAGACUAAGCAAUAGUGAAUUUAGAGUUAAUAAUAAGGAAAAUAAUAUAAGCAACUGCAACGGAAAUUGCAGUAAUUGUAUUAGCAGCUCAACCAAAACAAUAGCAACAAGAGCUGCAACAACAGAACAUAACAAUUGUUUUAAUAAAAGUUGCUGUAAUUAUUGUCAAAUAAAAACGCUUAAAACUUAUCACAAAACGAAUAGCAACGGUAUUUUCGAAAACAAUUGCAGCAGUAACUGCAACUGCAAUAGCAACAGUAACAGCAACAGCAGCAGCAAUAGCGAUAGCAACAAAGCUAAAAUUGACGAUACGACGCAGCAUAAAAUGACAAUUACGACAACGAAUGUAGCACAUCGUAAACGUAGUGAGUGUGGGUUGACAACAACGGCAACAAUAACAGCAACUACUCCAACAACAUCGACAGUAUCAACAUCUCUGCCAACAACACCAACAUCACCUAAUUUUCCACAUCAUUUAACGCCUUCUCGAACAACUGUGAUCAAAACAACAAUGGUAAAAAGAAGUCCUCUUCAAGAGACUGCAAUACCAGCAACAACAACAAUUGCAACAGCAGUUGCAACAAAUACUGAACGACCGAGCACAAUGUUGCAACAAACAGAAAUUUUUGAUAAUAUGUUGCACAAUAACAGCAACACAAACGGUAUCAACGACAACAAUAAUGAUGUUGCCUAUGAGCCGAAAAGAUCUGUCAAAGAACGCAUUGCAGCAAUUGUUGCCGGAAAUGGUAAGUUGCUUAAACAUAUGUUUGAAUCUAUAUUGUAA